AUGUUGGCAGCUGAAGCAGCGAUUGCUGCUAUUAACGAUCCGUGCGCUCAGUGGGACGUCCUUUCAGAGGAUGAGGUGGUCUUAAUUAAAAGAAGAUGUGAAGAUUUGCUAAAUUGGUUCACCUACUUGGAUGCAAAAGAUCUGACCAAUUUCAAUGUGGUUACUGACAAGGAUUAUCUACAGAAGCGUCAAACGAAGCCAUGUUUUGAUCCCCGUGUUAUGAAAGACGUCGCUGAUCGAUUUGAGGAGCGAGAAAACGUGGACUUUGGAAGCGAAUUUAAUAUGAGUCAAGAACAGCUAAUUCUUGCCAUACUGUGUGCUAUUAUGGAAGAAAGAAACAGCCGUAACAACAAGUUCGAAGUGCUGUGCGAGGCUCUGCAACUGGAUAAGAGCACUUAUUAUACAGUAAAGACGUUCCUAGCAAGCGGUCAUGAUGAGGAAAAAACGCCUAAACAAUUGAUUAUGCUAACGAUAUGCAAUCCUCUGGACUGUUCUCUGGCUCUUACAAUGGCCUAUUGUGAAAUAGAAGAAGAAACUAAUGCUGUUCGUGCUCGUUUAGAAGCAUUCAAGAAGCCAAGUGAUUGGCCUCCUCCGCCUGCUGAUGGUUUAAUGGGGAGGUUGGUACUAUUUCCUGGUGAACUUUGUUUGGCUAGAAUGGAUGACAACACGCAUCUGGUUAUUGCCCAGGUCAUUACCAGGGCAUCAGAAACAUCAUACCGCAUCAAGUUUGUUGAAUCAAGCGCCAUUGACAACGUUGAAACGUGUGAUGUCGCCAUACCAGCCGCUCCAAUGUAUGACCCGGAUAUAAGGAGAACUAGUUACUUAGGUCUACGUGUAGUGGCUCUCGUAACAAAUGUCUACUUUUCUGAUGGACCGGCUUGGUAUAGCGGAACAAUUGGUGCUUUACCAAAUUCCGUUCACAACAAAGAAUUUCUGAUCUUUUUCGACGAUGGUUUUGAACAAUAUGUACAAGCACCGUUAGAUUCAACCGACGAUGAUGCCAUGAGAGCUGCAGUGGUUAUGCUAUUAUAA